AUGUCUGACAUUUAACAAGGACAAAUAGUGGCCAAUUUAUAUAAAGUUCUAAAACUACUAUCUUAAGGUUCAUUUGGAAAGGUAUAUCUUGGAAAAAACUUAAAAACUGGAGAAAGUGUAGCUAUAAAAGUGGAAAAAUAACAAAUGCAAAGGUUUUUUAGCUUAAACAGAGAAGUUUAUAUUAGAAAAUAAUAUAGAUAGACAUUUUAAACAAAUUACAAGGAAUUUAAGGUGUGCCUGAAUUAAUUUGGUUUGGAGAACAAAAUGGUUUAUAAAUUAUGAUUACAAAUAUGCUGGGAUUUGAUUUGAUGUACUUUUUGAAAAAACAUAAAAAAUUUUCAAUAGAUUGUGUAUUCAAUAUAGCAUAUCAAAUGUUAGAGAUUUUAGAAAAAAUACAUAAGCUGUAAAAAUAUGUUUUAAAAUAAUUUAUAGAAAUAUCAUUCAUAGAGAUUUAAAACCAGAGAAUAUAUUAGGAAAAGUUAAUAGUAAUCAAAUACAUUUAAUCGAUUUUGGAAUAGCUAAAGAUUUAACAAAAAAGUCUAAAUUUACUUAUUAGAAAAUUCCUUUUAUAGGUACUAGUAGAUAUGCAAGUAUAUCUGCUCAUUUUGGAGAAGAGUAAAACAGAAAAGAUGAUUUAGAGGCUUUAGGAUAUGUCCUAAUAUAUUUGAUAAAGCAAGAAUUACCAUGGAUGAGAUGUGAAAAAUAAUAAGAUAACCGCUUAAUUAAAAUAGGAUAAAUGAAGAAAAACUUAUCAUUAGAAAAAGUUUGUGAAGGAUGUCCUUAAUAAAUUUUGAAGUAAUUAAUGAAUUAUUAAAUGAAAGUUAUAUGAAAUAAAUCUAGACUUUGACAACAAAAUAACUUCCAAAUUAUAGAAAACUAAAAGGAAUAUUUGAAAAUAGUCCUCUUUAUAUAAAAUGGGUUAUUUUUGAUUGGUACGAAUGUCGUUAUAGAAAUUAUAAAUCUAAAUAGGAAUUAAAAGUAAAUCAGUAAAAAAAAAAGAAAUAUGACAGUGCUUAAUAAAUCUAAUUGUAUUGAUAAAAGACUUGAUUUUUAGGUCAAUUGAAAAGACUCCAUCUAAAGCAUCUCGAAUAAAUAGAUCAACUACAAUGUAUGGAAACUCUAAUCCAUCAUCUUAAUUAAAUAGUAUGGAAUCUGAUAAUAAAAAACGAUCAAUAAAAAGUACAGAAAGUAUUUAUGUUGAUUUUGUGAAUUCUGAUUCUUACAUUCUUUCUAAGAAUAAUUUAAAUAAAGCUGAAACUCUUAAUCAAAUUUUUGAAGCUGAUGAAUUUAUGCCACUCAGAGAUUAACUUUAACUUAUGCAAUAGGAGAAUUAGGAUCUUGAGAUGAAACAUCAUCUAUUACAUUAUCGUUCUGUCAACUUUAAUUUCAAGAACCCUAUUCAAAGAUAUCUAUAAUUCUAAAUAAAUUGA